AUGGUUUGUGCACAGGUCACACUGAUCCGCAGCCCCCGUUAUGACCCUUAUCAAGGCAAAGUGGUUAAGACAUACGAUGAUCCACCAGAAAUGUGGGAGAAAGCUUUAGGGAGCGAAGGCUUAGGCUUCCAGUUUGGGUUGUUCGACCACGCGGAACUUGCGGUGGGAGCAAGACCUGGGCCGAUUGGGCCGUCCGAGGUCCGGCACUUUGAUUACCAGCUGGAACUCGCUGGAUUUCCAGCAGCUGAGAAACCUCAAUUACGUCGAAUAUUAGAUGUCGGCUGUGGCUGGGGAUCUAUAACGGAGCACCUAGCGAGGCGUUUCCCAGAAUGUGAGCGCAUCGACGCGAUCAAUAUCAGCCAGCGUCAGCUUGAUUACUUUGCCGAAAAACUACCACCAGAGUUAUCAAGCAGGAUCAACCUGUACCACUGCAAUGGACAGGACAUCGAUUUACUGCCUGAUCCAGCCAUACCUUACGAUUUAGUGGUUGUGCGAGGCGUCUACACCCAUUUUCAAAAUCGAGUCUUCGAAGACUCGGUGGCGCGAGUGGCCCAACGCUUGGCUCCUGGUGGCGUUUUGCUAAUCUCGGACACUCUCUACAGGACAGAUAGUUUGACAUCCUAUAAGUCACACAUAGAAGAUACGAAAGAUCGGGUGGCUUGCGGCAACAGAAAGACGGUGGGCUACUACCUUGGGGUUCUCGAGCAGAACGGACUAGUCCUGCAGGACUUCCGGCAGCUACCGUCAACCGCUGAGGUGAUACAUUGGUUUGAGAUUGUACGGCUCAAUAUCGAGCGCAAUUUCCCCCACGGCGCACCAGGCCCGAUCCAAGAACUACAGGAACUGGCUCGCAACGGUGCGGAGGUGGUGGCUCAAAAAAAGAUUGGGAUGUACAGCAUCGUCGCCAUACGUCCUAUAUGGGGAAAGUGA